CUCAGCCAUGUCCAGGGACGAGGAGCCCUUCACGGGCUUCAACAAGCGCGAGCUGCACGGCACCCUGGUGGGGAACUGGGUUGAGGAACGUCAGCUCGAGAGCGACACGGGCGUGUUCCGAUACAAGAGCUGGGUCCCCGCGCCCGAUGAAUACGACCCCGCGACGUCGGGCCCGGUCAAGCGAGAGCCCACGGCGACGUACGAGCGCGUGGUGAAGCACUCCUCCGCCCUGCCCCCCGGCCAGUGGAUGACCGCCGCGCAGUCGCACUUUAACGAUCCGGACGCGAGGCCGGGGUACUUCGACGCGCGAUCGGCGUUGGGCGCCAGGGACCGCGCGCUCAUGGCACAGCUGGAGAAGGAGGCGGCGAAGGCGGCGACGUAUCCGGCGGAGACACCCGCGGAGACGGUCAAGUCCAGCGCGUACAGAGCCGAGUUCGUCGAGCACGACUUGACCGGAACUCGCGUUGGGCGGCGGGUGAUGUACUCCCAGGACGGGACCGAGAUCGCGGACGAGGACGUGGACGUGACGUGGAGGCACGAGGCUGGACUCGCGACGAAGGGCGAGCUCGAGACGUGGGCGGCGAGGACGCGGAAGGGCGGAGCGUUCGCGGAUGCGUCGGUCCCCGCGGAUUCGGACAGGGCGUACACAAUCUACGAACAGCAGAACCGGCUCGGGAAUUACCCGAGCGCGACGUUCAAGGGGACGACGAGCGGUGGUACGAACCCGUUCGCUCUGAGCAACAGGUGGAGUAAGCAGACGGUGGAAUCCGGCAAGACGGAGGAGGCGUGCGACUACUCCGCGACGAUGAGAGGGAUCCGAUGAGGCGCCGGGCGAGGCUUCCCGGCGCGUAGCGCCCCGGCGCCGCGCGCGCGCCUUGUAAAUGAAAACGCGUUGUUCUC